ACCAGGGCCAUGUACCAGGUCCCAUCUACCAGUGUCCCAUCUACUAGGGCCAUCUUCCAGGGCCAUGUACCAGGUGCAUCUACCAGGGCCAUGUACCAGGUCCCAUCUACCAGUGUCCCAUCUACUAGGGCCAUCUACCAGGUCCAUGUACCAGUUGCAUCUACCAGUGUCCCAUCUACCAGGGCCAUGUACCAGCUCCCAUCUACCAUUGUUCCAUCUACUAGGGCCAUCUACCAGGGCCAUGUACCAGUCCCAUUUACCGUGUCCCAUCUACCAGGGCCAUGUUCCAGGUGCAUCUACGAGGGCCAUGUACCAGGUGCAUCUACC